GCGCGUUUGCCCGCGUGCACCGCGCCACACUGCCGCAGUGCCCGCGUCCGCGAGGCCGCCGGCACAUCCGCCGCCCACGCGCUGCGCCUUGCUCGCCGCGCGCCCGCCGAGCGAGACGCUCUUCUCCCUCGCUCUCGCUGCGCUGUGGCUGCGCCUGCGCGAAGAUCGACGUCGGGCAGCGAGGCGCAGCCGCAGCUUGCUGCUGCAUGCUGUGGUGUGCGCUGGCCCGGUUCCGCAGAUGCAGCGGUGUGUCGGCGCCGCGGCCGCUGGAGCUGGUGGUCCCGGCUCCACCUUCACCCUGACCCCUAGGCGCUGCGUUUGCCGGCGCCACGCCGGUCAGCGCUCGGCCAACGCGAAGCUUUGGGUGCGGCCAAGCGUGCUCGCACAUGGUGCAGCGUGCGUGCGUGCACGCCGUGAGAGCCCUCGUUCGCCGUCGAGGCCUCUGCUGGCCGGCGCCGCGAUUCUGGGGUGCAUGCUCGGCCGUGGAGGGACUGCUCGCUGGGCGCAGCAAGCGAGCGAGGUGACACAGGGAGCUCUAAAAAGUCCGCGGUGGCCGGAGCGAGAGGUGCGGCGCAAUGAAGGAGGGAUCGCCGACGAGAGGCAAAGGCGGCACAGCAGCGGCACGAGAGGCGUCGUCCGUCCCUCGCCCGCUCGCCUCGCUUGCCGCCGGAGAUGCCAUGCGCGAUGUCUGCGCGCGCCCGCAGAUCUUUUCCUGCCCGCCGCGAGCCGCCGGCCGGCCUGCGCUAAGAAUGGAAGCACCGACGAUCAGGGACAUCUCGCAUUAGCUCAUCCGAUGCCGUCGAGCAUCAAAGACGAGAGCAGCGAGCUGUGAAAGAGCAGCAAAUCCAAGCAGCGAGCCGUGAACGGUGCCUCUCUGGGGAGCGAGCGUAGGUGUGUUGUGCUGCGGCGAGCGCGAGUUGCGAUGCCUCGUGGGCGCAGCGCAGCCACCACGCCGGCGGGCAAGCCACCACCAUCUCGAGAGAGCACACGCUGCGGGCUGCUGUGCA